AUGAACGACAACUUCGAUUACCUUAAUUUAGUUGAAGAAGAACCAAAUCCAACUACAGUAGACCAUAUAAAAACGGUAGCGUCUCGUUUAAAAAAUUUUCAGAAAAAAUCUCCAGAAAAAGCCUCUUUACCAACACCACAUCAAGCAUAUGAUAAAUACGUGCGAAGAGACAAGCCUUGGUAUCUGAAGAAAGAAGGACCUCCCUCUGCGCUGAUUAACGUUCGAGAUUUUCGGAAGUCUUUUGUUGAAAAGUUUGCGGAAGAAAGGAAAAUUCUCGAAAACCAAGAUAAUGCCACUAACCUCUACGCAGAUUCUUUUAACCAAACGGUGGAAUAUGAGCUAACGGAAGGUGAAGCAAAAGAGAUCGAGAAAAAAUGCGGUGAUACUGAUAGUGGCAGAAGCACCAUAUCUUCUGGUAAUGAAUCUGACGUGGAUAAUACUAGACAUUGUACGAAACAUAAAAGUAAGCAAAGAAAGAAAAAUCCGUAUUUAUAUACUUCAUCUUCUGGAUCAGACAAGGAGGAAAUCACAUCGAUAGUAUCUACUACUGAGCUUCAACAAAAUGAUCAAUCGAAAAUGGGUAAUAACCCUAAGAGUUCUGCUAUUCUCACAGCGCGUCCUGAAUCUCUCUCGAUCGCAUUUCUUAUAUCGUCAGAAGCACCCACCGAGUCAAUCGUUAGUCCUGAUACAGUGCGAGAUUCAUCUCCGAAUAGGACAGAAUCAUCUUCGAUUUCUACACCAUUGCAGCAAGAAUCACGUCCAGUGACCCCUAAAGAAUCUGGUAUAAAUUCGCCGAGUCCACCCAAUAAAAAGAGAAAAGCUUCAGAUUCAACAAGAUCAAUACCGGACGAUGAUUCUUGGUUGGAUGAAUUAUUUUCUAAUGACACUAGUAUCUCGUCUGAUCAAUCACCUGCAAGUAAGAAACGUCGCUAUAACGCGUUGAAAAAUAAAGCCCGAAAGUUGGAGAAAAUGAUUGAAAAUUCUCGUUUGGCGAGCUUAAAAAAAGAUAAUCGAUAUAAGACACCACAUAAAACACGUCAUGAAAUUAAUCAUGUUCCCAAACGUUUACCAAACAAGACAGAAGUGACAUCGAUCAACAAAAUUACAGAGCCCGAAAUUAUACUUUCGGUCGCAUUCUAUAAUCAACACAGACCAGCACAACGAAUGCAAGAAUUUCUCGUACUGGGAAGUCAACCAUUAACCAAACUACGUGAUAAAUUCUAUUGUAAGCAAGAUUUUGUGCGCUUUAAUGUAUCACAAGAAAUUGAUUCAGAAGAAAGGUUAAAUGUGGAUCUGGAGAAAAAGUCUCCCAGUUAUUUUUUCAUUGAAAACACUUUCUAUAACGAUCGCAGAGAUCCCGAUUCAUUGGACUAUAGCAAAAAUAUUAUCAAUUGGGUUAACGAAAACAAUCGGUUUGAAGAUCCAAAAUUGGGUCAAUAUCAAGUCAAAGUCAUGGGAGAAACUAAAUUCAUUGAUCUCUCGAUUCGUCUGAAUGAGCCUUACUUGUUUUGUCAUCAAGGGAAUUGUCAACAUGCGGUAAUAUUUAGGGACCUUCGACUUUUAGAACCAGAUAUGAAAUACGAAGAUCUAAAUGCAGAUAACUAUCCAAAAGCAAUUUUUCGCAGUCGUAUUCAACAUCACAAAUGUCGAUUAUGCAAGCAGCGACCAGCGGAUUAUGUACUUCUGGACGAUAUCAAUUCACUAGAGACACCAUGUUACUGGUGUCAUAAUUGCUUUGUGCAAUUCCAUUAUUACGAUAAUAAAUUGGUCUACGGUGUAAAUUCAUUCAAGAUAUUCCAUUAUCAACACGAGGAUUAA